AUGGAUGAGACCCCUUACCUACCGGGGGUGCCCUAUUUCCCCAAGGCGGAUGCCCCCAUCUUAGCCUCCAGCCGCCCUUCACCGAUACGACCGCGGAUCGUUGGCCCCAUUCUCGACCCCUCAAGAUUCGAUGAACCAAUUAAACCGGCUUCCUCCGAAGUAGAAACAUCUUUAUAUCCCCCAAACCCGGAGCCUUAUGCGCCGUCAACAGUGUCCAACCGGCCGUCGUGCUUCUCAGAUCCAUAUCCCCGACCUUAUCUGGCCCACAAUGAAAGGCUUCGGCUCUCGAUGCUGUGGUACUACACCCGCGAUAUAGAACAACAAAGCGACCUACUCGCUGGACUCCAGGAGAAGGCAUGCUUUGCUCAGGAAUCGAUCGGAUGGGAAUUUGCGGUGAUCGGCAUUCAAGAUGUCAAUUUCUACAUUCGCUUAUCCACCGUUGGACUGCCGCUUGGCAUUCUUCCCCGCGGGGAGACGAUAUGCGCCCACACGGUCACUCAGCCCCCGAGCAGUGUCUUCCUCUUGCCGAAUCUGAUGGAGGACUGGCGAUUUCAACAGUCCCCAUACCUCGAGUCGGGCGGGUUACGAGCAUAUGCAGGUGCACCACUUCGUUUGCAAGAUGAAUCAGGAGAAUGCGUUUCACUCGGUUCCCUUUGCGUAGCCUCCUCCACGGCCCAGGAGACUUUGACCAAAGCCCAACAACAGACACUCGUCAGACUGGCAGACUGGGUCGUUUCCGAUAUAGUCCAUUAUGCCAAAGCCAGGAGGCAAAGAGAACGGCGUCAAAUGAUUGAACUACUCUCUGCAAUACAACGUGACGUGGAAGCCCCGGUCUCCGAGAAGGCCGUUCUCGAGAUUCUACGGGUCGCAUACCCAGAUGCAGUCAUCACGAUGCAAUCUUCCAAGGCCGCACGUAUUGAGUUAGAAGGGCAGAGUUCGAUUACACCGUCUUGCCUUGAAAAUGGCCUGUGGGAAGACACCGAAUACAUCGAUGACUUUAUCGUGAACUCAAACAACCAAGAGCUCCCAUGCACUCGGGCAGUGCGAGCGAUCGCUGCUCCAUGCAAUACCGUGUCAGGAUCAUCCCUGCUCAUUGUAGCAUCCAAAGACUUUCGGUUUAUAUUUGAUGAUGUUGAUUCUUGGUUCCUUCACACCACCGCAGGUAUUAUCUCUCAGAUGUGGCAAAAACGUCUUCUGGCGGAUGUUAUGACAACGAAAGAGAAGUUUCUUCGAGGAUUUUCCCAUCAACUUCGGACGCCUCUUCAUGGAAUUCUGGGUUCCGUGGAACUCCUCACCGAAGAGCUGUCUUUGCGCGAGACAGGUGACGCUUCUUACCCCGGACCUAUAGCAUCGGAAACAACUCAGGCGCACCCUCUUGGACCCUCCAUUCAUCUAAACACCAUCAGAACUGCCAGUCGAGAUCUGAAUGCGAUUGUGAACAGCAUAAUAACACUGAAUCGCUGGACUGACACUGCCAUGGGAGAUCGCCGUCAUUUCGUCCACACAAUUCACGAACUCGAACAGGGUCUAGCAGAUGAAGUGCUCAAGGCUUUUUCUGGUGAUACACGCUACAAUGCGUCUUUGAUCUUCAAUCAUGACCUGCCAGAGCGCUGCGACCGUCUUCGAAUUGACCUCAAUCUGCUUCGCGACAGCCUACUUCCUCUACUGUUGAACGCCAUUCAAAGCACGCCCGAGGGUAUGGUUGUCGUAUCUGUCUCUAUAACGCCAGAAAGCAAGUCGCUCGUUGUCGACAUUAAGGACACUGGUUGUGGAAUUCAUCCCGAUUACCAGCAACGUAUAUUUGAACCAUACGAAAAGGCUGGCGUACACUCACCGGGUGCUGGCUUAGGCCUAACUUUGGCAACGAAAUUUGCAACACUUCUGCACGGGUCUAUAGAAUUGAUAUCUUCCUCACUCAAUCACGGUUCACAUUUCAGAGCCACCUUUCGGGAAGUUGAGUACCUUUGUUCAAAUUCAUCAGCCCAGUCAUUGGUCUCUCGAUUGGAACACUUACCUUCCAGAUUUCACAUCAUGGCGCCUCAUGCGGAUUGCAAAUCUUUAUGCAAUGCCUUCGCCAAUUAUCUAUUACAUCUUGGAUUGAACGACUCUAACAUCAUCGAAGACAGUUUUGCCGUCCUACAAUUGACGCCUGAUUUAGCACAACACCGCGCGGAGUUGUCAAGCCUUUCCAAAAAUCGAGUCGCCAUCUGUCUGGUUCCAGCAUCACAGAAGUCUUGCGUUGUCCACAUGCCUGAUAAUGUAGUCUAUGUGAACGGACCUUUUUUGACUUCGACAAUGAGUCAAGCUCUUCAAGACGCCGAUAAACUAUUUUCGAGAAUUGAAAACUCACAAGAAAGUCGUUCCCAAAAUUUGGAGACUCUGCACACUCCGUUGAAGUCACCGACAGAAGAGCAAAUCCAGGAUAGAAACGAAGGUGUGAAACCUCGAGAUGUGAAAUGUUCCACGGAAACCUGGACGGCUCAGCUACCACUUCAAACAACAGUCGGUUUCAAGAUGUCUUCUCCAUCAUCAGCGCAGAAUAAAGCCGAGCCCAGGCUUGAUAGUCUGUCACACCCGGGAAUUUUGUCACCAGUUUUAAGCCCGUCCAAAAAGUCUCUCAAGCCUACAGCCUUGCUUGUCGACGAUAACGCGGUCAACCUGCGCAUACUGGAGAUGUAUUGUACUAAGCGUGGAUUCUCAUACUGCUGUGCAGCCGACGGCCUUCAGGCUGUGGAAAUAUUCUCCCAGCAUCAAUCAUCACAGGCAAGCUUUGAGCGACCUGCGAUUCAAUUGGUCGUAAUGGACCUUCAAAUGCCAAUUUGUGAUGGGAUUGAAGCCACAAGGCGAAUUAGGUUACUGGAAAAGCGACACCGAUGGAAGGAGAGUGCGAUUUUCAUUGUGACUGGCCAGGAUGGCCCUUCCGAUAGGACAGAGGCACACGGCGCUGGCGCCGACGAGUUCUUUGUGAAGCCUGUUGGAAUCAAGCUUUUGGAUCGUAGUGUUGAGCAAUAUUUUCCCGCGAUUGAUAUCAAGUAG